UCUGGCGGACUGUUGAAAAAAGGUUCACUUUCCUGACGGCCGGUAGUGACUUCAAUUUUUCCUUGGUGAGCUUCCUCACCGUGCGCUUCUAUUUGAACAGCGAUAACAGAUCGCUCUGCUGCUGCAUCGAUGAAAGGUGUUUGUGUCUCGGUAGUAGGGUUGAGUAAUUGAAGUAAGUUUCUGUGGAGAGUACAGUGCAACUAGUGCGGCGCAUCGAACCACCACUAAUUCAACCAAGCCGCGAGAACUUGGUGACUGACGCGCGAUUUAAGCGCCAGCUAUCCAGUGCAGUUGCAACGACCGUUGCUUCACACAUAGAACGAUCGUUUUGCAGUAUCAGCAGCGUGAACGCAUAGACUCAAUCGCGCUUACGCCGCUCGAUGUCGCAAAUACAAAAGCGUAUCGUUUGGUGGCGGUGUAUCUGUGACUAGCUCGCGCAAACACAACGCACGCCCAUACGCCUCGACUGCAGUUCUAGUCGGUUGCAUCAACCUUUAUUUGAUUUCCCUAUGAUUCUAUCCAGUGCUGAAACGUGUAUCGGUAUCGUAAAGUGCAAAUGUACCUAGAUUCGUAGUGUCGACUGGCGAAGAGGCGUGAAGUGAUCCAAACAUUUCUAAGUUGAAACAGUGUUUUGUGCUACCGAUAAAAACAAGGUUGUUAAUCCGUAAUUAAACCCACUGCACACUCCCGAAAUGGGAGAGUGAGGUUGAUCCGUGAGUUUCUCCGAAAGGUGAGUGUGGCCAUGGGCAUGACGAAGCAAAUGUCCGGCGUUGGCCACUAUACCCACGGCUCGUCCGGCGAGCCCACCGAAAUGAACUCGUUGGCCACUGGUAGUGGCAAUGCGGAUAAGCAGCAUCAGUCAUCCUCUAAUUCCACGCAGCAGCAACAGCAAAACCGCUUUGUCCAAGGUAACGGAGACGGUAAAGGUCAGCGGUCACAGCAUCUGCACCGAUCGCAACAUUCCCGUCAGCAUCAUCUCCAACAGUCGACAAAGCUGCGGGAGAAACACACCGUGCACUGGUUCCGCAAGGGUCUUCGCCUGCACGACAAUCCUGCGUUGCGCGAAGGAGUCCGUGAUGCCAGCAGCUUCCGGUGCGUCUUCGUCAUUGAUCCCUGGUUUGCCGGAAGCUCAAACGUGGGCAUCAAUAAGUGGAGGUUCUUGCUGCAGUGCUUGGACGAUCUGGAUCGCAACCUUCGCAAGCUCAAUUCGCGCCUCUUCGUCAUACGUGGCCAGCCGGCGGACGCACUGCCGAAGCUGUUCAAGGAAUGGGGCACAACGUGCCUGACGUUCGAGGAGGACCCCGAACCGUUUGGUCGGGUCCGCGAUCACAAUAUUUCCGCGAUGUGCAAGGAGCUCGGCAUCGAGGUCAUCUCGGCUGCAUCGCACACACUGUACAAUUUGGAAAGAAUCAUCGAAAAGAAUGGCGGUAAAGCGCCACUCACCUACCACCAGUUCCAGGCCAUUAUCGCGUCGAUGGACGCACCGCCACAGCCGGAAACGAUGAUCACACUGGACGCCAUCGGUUCGGCCAGUACGCCCCUGUACGAUGACCACGACGACAAGUACGGUGUGCCGACGCUCGAGGAGCUUGGCUUCGAAACGGAGGCGCUACGGCCACCGGUGUGGAUCGGCGGCGAAACGGAAGCCCUGGCACGGCUCGAACGCCACCUCGAGCGGAAAGCGUGGGUCGCCUCGUUUGGGCGCCCAAAGAUGACCCCCCAAUCGCUGCUGGCUAGCCAGACGGGUCUGUCGCCGUACCUGCGCUUCGGAUGUCUCAGCACCCGGCUGUUCUACUAUCAGCUGACCGAUCUGUACAAGAAGAUCAAGAAAGCUUGCCCGCCGCUCUCGCUCCACGGCCAGCUGCUGUGGCGCGAAUUUUUCUACUGCGCCGCCACCAAGAACCCCACCUUCGACAAGAUGGCCGGCAAUCCGAUCUGCGUGCAGAUACCGUGGGAUCGUAACUCGGAAGCGCUGGCCAAGUGGGCCAGCGGGCAGACAGGGUUCCCGUGGAUCGAUGCGAUCAUGACGCAGCUACGCGAGGAAGGCUGGAUCCACCACCUGGCGCGCCAUGCCGUCGCCUGCUUCCUGACGCGGGGCGACCUGUGGAUCUCGUGGGAGGAGGGCAUGAAGGUGUUCGAGGAGCUGCUGCUCGACGCCGACUGGUCCGUCAAUGCCGGCAUGUGGAUGUGGCUGUCGUGCUCGUCCUUUUUCCAGCAGUUCUUCCACUGCUACUGUCCGGUGAAGUUCGGGCGGAAGGCGGACCCGAACGGAGACUACAUUCGUCGGUAUCUUCCGGUGCUGAAGAACUUCCCCACUCGCUUCAUCCACGAACCGUGGAACGCGCCGGAGAAUGUGCAGCGGGCGGCCAAGUGUCUCAUCGGCAAGGACUACCCGCUGCCAAUGGUGAACCACGCGAUCGCCAGUCGGGCCAACAUGGAGCGCAUCAAGCAGGUUUAUCAGCACCUGGCCAAGUACCGGAGCCCCGGUACGUGUUACGAGGGUGAGGGAGUCGACAAGGGUGGCUCGGCGAUUGCCGGCGUGAUGACUGCGGCCAAGAUGCAGCACAUGAAUGCGAGCAGCAUGAACGAUAGUCCCAGUCCGACCACCAUACUGACGAGUGUCAACAGCUCGGGGAACUACAUGUGCCGCAGCAAUCCGUCCGCACAAAGUGACCCCCAUGCAAAGGUGCUGACCUAUCAUCCGUCGGCGAUCGGUGGCGGUCGCCUGGGAACGGAUGGUCGGCCGUGUCCUGCAGGAGGUGCUAGUGGGGGGCCUGGCCGAGACGAUGUGACGGACACCGGUGGAGCCGAUGGCAUAGAAAGCAAGGGACGUUCACUGACGAUACAAGAAUCGGGCCCACCACAGCAACAGCAGCAACAACAAGCGCCGCGUCAUCCUCUACGCGAUGCCAGGUCCUCGGAUCCGGACCAGGAAUCGUACGCUAAUCUUGCCGGGCCCAAUUACGCCGUGCUCAAAUCCGACGCGCUCGGGACGAUGAUCAGAGAGGCAAACCUGGGUGGUGGUCGCUUCUCGAACCUGCAAGACCAGCUGAGUAAUAGCCUGAUGUCGCUCGAGUGUGACGUUAUGGCCACGAAGCUCGAGCCGAACAACUACGAGUACGAGCGCAAUCAGAACAUGUACAACAGCCAGUUCAAGGUGGAGUACAGUGACAACUUCAACUCCGGGUACGGCCUGCGUAAUGCCGUGUUUUACGGCCGCAAGCGAGAGGACGAACAGGAUAACGAGGCUCACGAAGAUGAAGGUACCGGUGGUCAUGACGAAAACGACGAGGAUCGGCCAGCGACCAUUGCUCUGUCUGGUGAGCCACAGACCUCCGUGCGCUCGCAAGCCCAGUUUGCGUCGGGAGAAUCCAAAGUCAAGCAAGAAACUUCCUUACAGUCGACGUUGUUUCGCGAACCAAAGCACCUCAAGGAGGCGCAGCGUCGGCGGGCAGAGCAGCAGAAACAGCCACAGGAACGCAAACCACACCGGCCGUCAGAGUGCACCGAGAAGGGUCCACGUCCUGUAAAUCCUUCGCCACAUUCCAUGCACACUGAUUCUAGUUACGACACAGACAGCCAUCCAAUGAUGACCGAGUUCCCGCAGCAGCAUCAGCAACGAACGUCAUUGCUCCAGAACGACCAGCCGAUGCAGCAAUCGCCAGGAUUGCAGGAUAAGGACGAGAAGCUGGACUGUGCCGACUAGAGAUGGUCCAGAGGCUAUUCCGGAGUGAAGCUCGCGCCGGUGUGGUGAUGGUGAAUGAAGAUGUAGCACCGAGUGUAGUUGAAACGGUAAAACCUUCAGAGUUUUUAAAUGAAUUUCACAUAAAAUGUAUUCUUGUUGUAAACCAAUUCACCAAAUAAAUUUCAGUAGUAUUCAU